GAGUUCCAGGAUAUAUGGGCAGCCAACAACUCACUCCAGAACUUGGUUUUAUUAUACUCGAUUAAGGAGACACUAGCAGCCUCUGUUCGAAAAAAAAAAGAGACACUUUCAGCCUCGCCGGAAACAACUGCCCCCUGACCCAAGAUUUCUCGGAGUUAGAGCUGAGGCGUCCAUGGGGGCCAAGGAGCUUCAGCACGGGCAGCGCCCGCGGCGCGGGGUGCUGGACCUGGAGGCGCAGUUCGCCUUCUUCCGGUCGCAGCACCGGCACCCGGUGAACGCCGCGGCGCACGCGCUGCUCGCCUGGCCCAUCCUCUUCACCAACCUCCUCAUCCUCCACUUCCUUCCCCUGCCCUCGCCGCUCGACCCCGCGCUCGCCCUCGCCCUCGCCUACGCCGCCGCCUACCUCGCCGUCGACCGCCGCGCCGGCGCGCUCGCGGGGUUCCUCUUCCUCGCCGCAUGGGCCACCAGCCGCGCCCUCGCCGAGCGCCUCGGCUUCGCGACCUCCUGGAGGCUCGUCCUCGCCACGCAGCUCUUCUGCUGGACGUGGCAGUUCCUCGGCCACGGCCUUUUCGAGAAGAAGGGGCCGACUGUGAGUGAUCUGCCCGAGGUGUUCUUGAUGGAGCCAUUCCUCAUCUUUCUGCAGAUACUGAACAAGCUGUUUGGCUAUGAGCCCUACCCUGGAUUCUGCAAGAAUGUAGACAAGGAGAUGGAGGCUGAUCUCAAGGAGAGGAGAGAGCUCGCGCAGAGGAAGAUCACCUGACUGAUCGGAUUGGUAUCCAUCGACCGGGUGGCUGCGCGAAAUUGUAUCAUCUAUACAUGUACCAUGUUGCCUAGCAUUUGUGUCGUUUUAUAGUCAUCAUAUCAUUGUAGUCUUGUAGAGUGAAGUAAACAGUUGGAUGGUACCAAGCAAAGAAACUCUUUCGUCUGCUGUA